GGCCUGACUCCACGUGCCCUCCAUCUAGGCAUGGCGCUGUCCUGGGCCCUUGCUGCCCUGAGCCUCCUUCCUCUGCUGGACGCCCAGAGCCCAGUGUGUGCCAACCUCACAGCGACACCCAUCACCAACGCCACCCUGGAGCAGAUCUCUGGCAAGUGGUUUUAUAUCGCCUCGGCCUUCCGCGAACCGGAGUUCAACCAGUCAUCUAGAACGAUCCAUUCGGCCUACUUUUACUUUGCUCUCAACCAUACAGAUGACACAAUACUGCUCACAGAGUACCUAACCAUUGGGAACCGGUGCAUCUAUAACUCCAGCUAUCUGAAGGUCCAGCAGAAGAAUGGGACCGUAUCCAAAGACGAGUCCGGCAAAGAGGUAUUUGCCGAUCUCCUGCUCACCAAGGAUCCCAAGAUCUUCAUGCUUGGCUUCUCCCUGAAAGACGAGCAGAACAAGGGUCUGUCCUUCUACGCUGACAAGCCGGAAGUGACCGAGGAGCAAAUGAGAGUUUUCCAUGAAGCCAUCAGGUGCAUAGGCAUGCAGAAGUCGGAGAUCAGUUACACCGAUGCAAAAAAGGAUCUGUGUGGGCCACUGGAGAAGGAGCACAAGGAAGAAAGGCCGAAGGAAAAGGAGGGAGACACAGCACUGGGUUAGGACCUUGGGGACUUUGGGGCCCAUCGUCAGCCCUACGCCCACCCCUUGGACAUCCGGUUUUUGUCUCAGGUCCAUCAAUAAAGCUUCUGCAUUUGAAACAGGA